AGCCAACACCUGCUUAUAAACCACCCUCCCUUCCCUCUGUAUCCAUCCAUCCAAUUAACAGCUAAAAUGGCUCUCUCCUCACUUUCUUUGAUGUUUCUUCUUGCAUUUUCUUUCAUGUCAUUCUUCGCCAAUUCUGGUUUAGCUCGUGAUUUCUCAAUUGUGGGCUAUACCCCUGAAGACUUGACGUCCGGGGAUAAGAUCAUCGAUCUCUUUGAAUCAUGGAUAUCAAAACAUGGGAAGAUUUAUGAGAGCAUGGAAGAAAAAUGGCUCAGGUUUGAGAUUUUCAAAGAUAACUUGUUCCACAUUGAUGAGACCAAUAAGAAGGUCGUUAACUACUGGCUUGGAUUGAAUGAGUUUUCUGAUUUGAGCCAUGAAGAGUUCAAAAACAAGUAUCUUGGCUUGAAGGUUGACAUGUCUGAAAGAAGAGAAUGUUCUCAGGAAUUCAAUUACAAGGAUGUCAUGAGCAUCCCAAAGUCAGUGGAUUGGAGAAAGAAAGGAGCUGUUACUGAUGUCAAGAACCAGGGGUCAUGUGGUAGCUGCUGGGCCUUUUCAACAGUAGCAGCAGUAGAAGGUAUAAAUCAGAUUGUUACAGGAAAUUUGACAUCCCUGUCCGAGCAAGAGUUGGUCGAUUGUGACACUACUAAUAACUAUGGGUGCAAUGGAGGACUUAUGGAUUAUGCAUUUUCUUACAUAAUCUCCAAUGGUGGACUCCACAAGGAGGUAGAUUACCCAUAUAUCAUGGAAGAGGGCACCUGUGAGAUGAGAAAGGAAGAAUCAGAGGUAGUGACCAUUAGUGGAUACCAUGAUGUCCCACAAAACAGUGAAGAAAGCCUAUUGAAGGCACUUGCCAACCAGCCCCUCAGUGUGGCCAUUGAGGCUUCUGGCAGAGACUUCCAGUUUUACAGCGGGGGUGUUUUUGAUGGUCAUUGUGGAACUCAGCUAGAUCAUGGAGUGGCAGCCGUUGGGUAUGGAUCAACCAAUGGCUUGGAUUACAUUAUCGUUAAGAACUCCUGGGGAUCUAAAUGGGGAGAAAAGGGUUACAUAAGGAUGAAGAGAAACACUGGCAAGCCUGCAGGGCUUUGUGGUAUCAACAAAAUGGCUUCUUAUCCCACUAAAAAGAAGUAAUUAACAUGCUAAAUGGUCUCUGCUCUUGUCUUCCUCUUUCAAUUCCCAUUUCUGGAAUCUGGAUGUCAUCGGGUGAUGUCUUGUAGUAAAUUGAUAUUCUAAAUGUUUAAUCACUCAAGUUGUUGUCUUUUUCACA